UCAUUAUAAACAUAAUAUCAAAUGCCAAAAUUCAAAACAACAAUUAAAAGAAUCUGAAAUUAUUAUAAUUUUAGAGAAUGAAGAAAUAACUAAAUAUUCAUAUGAAAUUUUAAGCAUUGGUUUCACAGAAGAAGAAAG